ACUUCACAGCAGCUGUAGACAUUUUAUGUCAUUUUUGUUUCGGCGGUUUUUGUACUUUUAUAAACAAAACUCUUAUAGUUAAAAUGUUAAUAGCGUUACUCCUUUUAAAUGUCUUACAGUUUCGAAUAAUAAGUAACGUAGAAACAUCAUGUGGGUGCAAUGUAAAUCGCGAUAAAACUGAACUUAAUUAUAAAAAAAAAAGUUUUUAUAACACUGUAUCAACAAACCAAUGUCCUCUUAAGUAUCAAAAUGAUAUUAAUGAAAAUGCCGUCGCAGAAAUGGUUUUUAUUCCAGCAAACACUUAUCAAUUUGGUACCGAUGAAAUUGUUAUAGAUAGUGAUAGGGAAGGUCCAAAAAGAUUACUAUUAUUAAAAAGUUUUUACAUAGAUAAGUUUGAAGUCUCAAACAGGGAUUUUACUGUUUUUACUGAUUCAACUAAUUAUAAGACUGAAGCCGAAAAAUUUGGUGAUAGUUUUGUGUUCACACUUUUUCUCAAUAGUACAUUUAAGGAGCAAUUAAAGGAUUAUCGUGUGAUGCAAGCACCAUGGUGGUACAAAGUUUCCGGAACAAACUGGAGAAAACCUUUUGGUCCUAAUUCUAAUAUAACAGAUAUAAUGGAUCACCCAGUAAUCCAUGUUUCAUGGAAUGAUGCAAAAGCCUAUUGUGCUUGGAGAAAUGCUAGAUUACCAACUGAAGUGGAAUGGGAAGCGGCUUGUCGUGGUGGCCAUAACAACUAUACCUACCCAUGGGGAGACAAACUUUUUCCCAAUAGAAAGCAUAUGGCUAACAUAUGGCAAGGGACAUUUCCUAAUCACAAUUCAGCAAAGGACGGAUUCAUUGGCACAAAUCCAGUACACCUGUUUCCUCAGAAUGAUUUCGGUCUUUACAAUAUAGCUGGUAAUGUUUGGGAAUGGACUGAAGAUUUCUGGUCCAAUGACAAUCCAAAUGAGAAGGUAAAGAAAGGUGGUUCAUACUUAUGCCAUCGAUCAUACUGCUAUAGAUACCGAUGUUCUGCACGUUCACAUAACACAGACGACAGUUCUGCUGGCAACUUAGGGUUUCGCUGUGCUAAAUCCGCAUAACUUAUCUGUCCAUUUUACAGGAUAUUUUGAUACGAAUUUCUGAAGUACUUAAUAGCCCAUAUUGUUAAUAUAUUGAUUAUGGUGUUGUAGGUGGUCUUUUGAAUUAUUUAUAUGUGUCUAGUCUAAUUAUCUUUAUCAAUAAAACUAUCUUUUGUGUUGAAGAGGUAUUUUCUUGUUGAAACAUUUCAUAUAACAGGUGAAGCAGUAGAAAAUGUAGUACAAAAAUUUAUCUUAUAAUUUAUUUGCAUUUUGUAUAAAAAUUGCAAUAUUACAUAAACGGAUUUUAAUAUCACUAAUGAAACAAAGUUUAUAUUUACAAAAAAUGGCGAGCUUAGCUUGUACCUGCUAAUUAUAAGAGUUGUAUGGAGAAUGCAAAGCACCUAAUUUCAGAUAAGUACAAAACAAAAACGGAAGACUAAAUAUGAACAUUAAUGGUUAUUGCUACAAAAACCUGUUGUUAUGUUUAAACCUUCCUCUUUGUAACAUGUAGUGAAACAAAUGCGUUUAUAUUACGUAGUAAUAAGCAUAUUUUCACAACGUGAAACAGUAGUAUGCAUAAGGCCCCAAUCUGCCAUAAUAUCCCAGAAACCUUUUUAAUUACAGCAUUGCUUUAACUUGCUUAACUAACAAUUAACAUAAUUUUGUACCCUCAUGGUAAUUGUAUAAUUAAUUAAUAUAAUAUUAAGUUUGCAGCGACAUUGGGACAUGUACACACAUGUAUUUGGUAUAUAAAUAAAAUUAAACAAAAUAAAUAACCAACACAACCAUCUAAGUGUAAGCAAAAGCAUUUCAUUUUGUAUGGUCUAGCCAGUUCUUCAAAGGUUGACCAUGGCAUGAUUGAGAUGUUGAUUAGAUAAAGUUGUAUGCAAACAUUCAUAUAUAUUUUAUACUUUAGUUACAAUUGAUAAUCUGUAUCUGCUUAUUUUUAUUUAUAUGUACAUAAAAUUUACAAUAAAAAAGGAUGUUCCUAGUUCAUCACAAGUUUUUUUUGUUGUUUCAACA